AUGUCUAAAGACUCUAAAGAAACUGAUCAAGGGUAAAUAUGUCAUUAAAUACCAAAACCAUUGAGAAGAGAAAGAAAUCAAUCUAUCAAACCCAGAGAAGUAGAAGAAGAACCCUUUAGUCGUCCUCAAAUCCUAUCUCUCUCGAUUCUCCGAUUACCAAACCACCGUCUCCUCCGUCCCAAAUCUGUAACGCGAUUAGGUGUAUUUGAGCCCGUUGUUUUCUGAGUUCUCCGGUUAUUCAAUUUUUCUGAUCGAUGACAUUGUCCAAGCGUUUGGCUCUAUUGGGAGCUCAAUCCGCGAUUUCUCUCGCUAAACCUCGAGGUCUCGGCUCCUCCCUCGGAUUGAUUGAUCGUCGUCCGUUCCCGUACCGUUCAUUUUCCGAACUCACGAAAGCUAACGGGAGACGUGCCUUUCUCGUUGAUACAUUGGCUCUGGUGAGGAGUCUUGAAGCUCAAGGUGUUCCAUCAAAGCAAGCUGAGGCGAUAACUUCUGCUAUCACUGAGGUUUUGAAUGAUAGUUUGGAAAAUGUCUCUGAGUCCUUCGUGUCAAAAGCAGAAAUGCAGAAGAUUGAAAUGAUUCAAGAUUCAAAUCUGUCAAAAUUUAAAUCUGAAGUAAAAAGUUCUCAGGAGCAUCAUUUUACCGUAUUGCAACGUGAGACAGAAAAAUUGAGAGGCGAUAUAGAGAAGAUGCGAAGUGAGCUCCGUAUUGCAACGUACGAAAUUGAUAAGGUCACAGCUGGACAACGCUUGGAUUUGAAUCUUGAAAGAGGUCGAAUACGUGACGAGCUAGCUAAUCAGAAUACCGAAACAACAAACCUCACAAACAAGCUUGACAGGGAGAUUCAUGCGUUGAGAGCUCAGUUAGAAGCUUCAAAGUACGAGGUCAUCAAAUAUUGCAUAGGUACACUUGUGUCGAUAUCAGCAGUGGGACUUGCCGUUCUUCGUAUCAUGAUUUAGGACGAUCCCAAUACUCAACAGUCAACAGUGCCCUGUGCUUACAGUCAACACAUUGGGAACUUGUCAUUUUUUUUACUUGAAACCCACCAAUAUGCCUUAUUAUUGUUUCUGGCGAUCAGAGAAUGUUAUUGUUUCUGUGAUCGAGUUUGCCAUCAUCCUUACUAGGACAGGCUAUGAAAUUUGCACCGAGAAUUAUGUCAAUCCAAGGAUUAUUGAUUUCUUCCAUUUGCAUCA